AUGAGGAUAGAAGGAGAAAAAGGUGUGAAAACACAAUCCGCGCCAAAACAUUGGCCGCGGACGCGCAAAAGGAAUUUUGGCCGAGCAAUUCCAACUGGCCGACCGUUACGGUCGAGCCGGGAAGGAAUAGCUCGUGCUCGGCCGGAUUAUCUAUUGCGCGACAGAAACCGUUCGCGCGGCACGCACGAACCGGGAAAGAAUAGGCCGCGAUCGGCCGAUUUUGUAUCGGAACGGACCGACCGUGCGGUCGAUCCGGGAAACAAAGCUCGGCCUCGGCCGAAAUCUCUCGUCCAAACAAUUUGGCCGACCAAAUCGCUCGACCGCGACAAAAUCCAUCGGCCAUCGGCCCAAAACUUUUCUAGGCCAAGGUACACAAUGGCAAAGACAAAAGGAAAUGAGAGUAUGAAGAAGAAGAAGAACCCAUUCAUGCAACCACCAAAGAAGCAAAUCAAGCUAGGGAGUAGUAGCUCCAAUGCAAGAGCAGAAAUACCAACUUCCCCACAUUCCAUUGAUGCAAGUAAAGAACAUGUGGAGAGCCCAAGAGGAGGAGAAGAUGAUCGGGCACUUGUAACUUUUGUUGGAGAACAAAAUCAAGACCCAAGAAAGUGUAAGAAGGCAAUGGAGAAGGUGAACAUCGAGCCAUGUGUGAAGAUGGACACCCAAACCCUUGAUCUUUUCAAGAUAAGAGAUGAUGUCACAUGGUACAUAAGGAGGCUAGGCUUGAGCAAGCUCUUCAAGCUAGAAUGUAGUGAGUACUCACAACUCACCAAGGAGUUCCUCUCUACAGUAGCUCUGCCUUUCCCAACCACAAUGGAGACCAACCAGCUGAAUCACCAUCCAGCCAUUCGCUAUGUGCACCGCCUCAUCUCCACCACUUUCCAAUGCAAACAAGAAGCCAACAAGGUCACAACUGAUGAGUUCUACAUCCUCACCACACCAUUCAUCAAGCAUGAGUACAAGGCCAACCUUGGUCUUUUACUUGCCAAGACAUUCAUCAAUGUGAGGAAGCUAGCUAAAGACUUGGAAGGCAACAAGAAGCUUUGUGUUCGUUUUGGGAGGCUUAUCACGGCCAUAGUACUGCAUGUGGGGAUUGACAUUCCCAACUAUGAGCCACUACCCAAGCCAACCCCUUUGGAUCUCCAUGCUCUUCAGCACAUCCACUUCCUAAACCGUUGGACUAAAGACCCAACUCGGUUUUGCUAUGAGUUUCCAAUUGGUCCAGCCAACACUUCCCUUGUCUUGCUGCCACAUGAAGACAUCCCAAGCCUACGCUCAGGAGUUGUCACUUUCCAGCCCAAUGAGGAAGAGUUCUAUGUUCCAUCAAGUGAGAAACCAUCAUUCCCCAUGCUCACCUAUCGCACACUUCAGCAUGCUGUCAAGACUCAACGCCGCCUCCAAGAACGCCAUGUUCUCACUACUGGCAUGGCUGCGCACCAAGCUCUAGACCGUGUUAACAAGCUGGAGAAGAUAGUGGAAUGCCAAUCUCGCUUCAUCUCGCGCCUAGUCCGCGUAGUUCGCCACAUUGCACCGGAGAGACUCUUUCGCCCUUCUUCCACCGCUAGAGAGCCAUAUGAGCCUGACCUUGGUGAGUUCUCACUAGACUCAGAGCUUGGUUCAGAAGGCGAUGACCCCAUAGAUGAGGAAGAGAGUUCUUCUCACUGCCACACAUAG